CCACAGGACAUGGAAUUGGUAGAGAAGUUCAGGGUAUUAAAAUUGCAUAUCCUACAUUCACUAGCUGGAGGAAAGAUGGAAUGUGUUGAAUAGAGCCAUGUCUCUGGGUCCAAGUCCCCACUAUGUCCAUGUGAGCAUGCUUGGACAGGGCCCGCCUGCCUCUGCCACAUGUGCCCCAGCUAAACUGAUGUGCAGGGUCACCCAAUGCCACACCCUGUGACUGUUACCUAACCCCACAGGUGGCUCCCAGGUGCAGGGUGCUGGCCACCUGGCACAGCCCUCUGUUCUGUCAGAUGGUCUAGACCUGGCUUUUCUGAGGAUCCUCCACUUAUCCAUUCUCACUGGCAGAUGUCUCUGAGCAGGGGCAUGAGGCUGGCAGAGGGCCAGGUCACCCUGAGGGCGCCCCUCUUGCUGUUUGCACUCUGGGCAGUGCUGGCUCCUGUGCAGGGUUCUCAAGGGCAUCCCUCAUGGCGCUACAUCUCCUCUGAGGUGGUAAUUCCCAAGAAGGAGCUUCACCAUGGCAAGGGUGUUCAGAUGCCUGGCUGGCUGUCCUAUAGCCUGCGUUUUGGGGGCAAGAGACAUGUUAUCCACAUGCGACGCAAGAAACUGUUUUGGUCCAGACAUCUGCUGAUGAUGACUCAGGAUGAUCAGGGAGCCUUGCAGAUGGACUACCCCUACAUCCCUCCAGACUGUUACUACCUCGGCUACCUGGAGGAUAUUCCUCUUUCCAUGGUCACCAUGGACACGUGCUAUGGGGGCCUUGAAGGUAUCAUGAAGUUGGAUGACCUUGCCUAUGAAAUCAGACCCCUCAGAGAUUCCCAAUGGUUUGAACACAUUGUUUCUCAGAUAGUGGCAGACAUCAGUGCAACAGGACCUACUUACAAACUGGGAUAUAAGGAGGAUAGGGACCCCCUGUUCUCUCAGAAAACUGCCAGUAUAGCCCCCAGGAUCAAUAAUAGGAUAUUUUCGUCCCAUAAAGGCAUGAUAAGAGGAUUUGCUCAAAGUUCCAAUUCAAUGUAUCGUGUAUAUAAUAAUAUGACAUUGUGUAUAAAAUUCAUGAUAGAUAUGGUUAGUUUAAUAGACUCAACGUACAAAGGUCUUGACAUAAGGUACCAUCUUACUGCAGUUCUUGUAUUUGAUGUAAGAGAUCCAGUCAACAUGAAUGAUUAUAGAAUUCCAGGUGGUGAAUACUACCAAUUCCACCAUACCUACUUGUACAAUGUCAUACAACCUAGUGCAUCCUUCAUUGUGGUUAAAGACGGGCCAGAAGAUUAUCAGUACAACCCUAGAAUGUUUGGCUUCUGCUCUUCUCAAAGCCUACGUAUGGUUGGUCACCUAGGCAGACAUUAUUUAUUGUUAGCUGUGGUAACAUCUCAUCUCUGUGGAAGAAGCUUGGGUCUGUAUUUUGAUGAUCAUGAUUGCAGCUGCCAGAGGAGGUCCAGCUGCAUCAUGCACAGAUACCCUGGGUUGACAGAUUCCUUCAGUAACUGUUCUUUUGUGCACAUUCAAAACAUGCUGAGUACUGAAAAGCAUUGCCUAUUUAGUGAACACCUGAAGUUGUUCAACGCAAGCCUGACACACAUACGUUGUGGAAACUCUAUAGUGGAGGAUAGGGAGCAGUGUGACUGUGGCUCCUUCAAGGAGUGUAAUGCCAACCCCUGCUGUAGUAAUGACUGCAGAUUUGAGAGUACAUUUCUCUGUGAUAAAGGAUUGUGCUGUACAAACUGCACCUUCUCCGCUGCUGGGACGCUCUGCAGACCAAUCCGAAAUAUCUGUGACCUUCCAGAGUACUGCCAAGGGGGAUCUUCUGGCUCCCCUGAUGAUUUCUACAUGCAGGAUGGAACCCCGUGCAGUGAAGAAGGCUACUGCUAUCAUGGGAACUGCACUGACCGUACUAUGCACUGCAAAGAAAUCUUUGGUGCAAGCACUGUGGAGGGUCCAGAUGUCUGCUACCAGAUUAAUAAAAAAGGCCACCGAUUUGGACACUGUAGAAGAGAGUUUUCAGCCAGACGCUUUAUUCAAUGUCAUGACCGAGAUGUCAAGUGUGGAAGGCUGCAGUGUACCAAUGUCACUCACCUCCCUCGGUUGCAGGAACACGUUGGAUUCCAUCAGUCUAAAAUCUCAGGAGUCUGGUGUUGGGGACUAGAUGAACAUCGUGCCACAGGAACAACUGAUGUUGGUCAUGUGAGAAAUGGUACCCCCUGUGCUCCUGGAAAGUUCUGUCAGAAUUCCCUCUGCAAUGCUACUAUACGUGAAAUAAAUUACAACUGUUUGCCUGAGAAAUGCAAUCGUAGGGGGAUUUGCAACAAUAACAGGAACUGCCAUUGCCACAUAGGUUGGGAUCCUCCAUUUUGCAAAUUACGAGGUGCUGGUGGGAGCACAGACAGUGGACCCCCUCCAAGAAGAAUGCGGUCAGUCAGGCAAAGUCAGGAAUCCGUGGUAUAUCUCAGAGUGAUCUUUGCUCGAAUUUAUGCUUUAAUCACUACAUUCCUCUUUGGCAUCGCCACAAAUGUCAGAACUGUCAAGACAGUGAAAGUUAAGGAAGAGAUUGCUGGUGAAGGCAAUCCAUAAGUCAGCCUCCAGAACCCUGAACAACUAUAGGCAAACCACCUGGUGCAUCUGUGAAAAUACAGUAAUGAGAAGUCAAAGCUGACAUCCAUGUUUCCAGGAGUCCCCAGGCACAUCACGGCUCUGACACCAGGUCUCUCAUGGGUCACUGACCAGCACUCUGAAAUAAAACUUGAAAACUGCAUGCUUGUGGCCUCUAUGUAUCUUGUAAGCCUGUAAGAGCCCAAACUGAGCCCAAGACUCUGCGCAGGGGACCUGAGGGGACAGCAGCUGUGUCCUGAACUGAGGUGUCCGGUUCCAGAAUUAAGAGAAUUUGACACAAGCUCUUUUAGGGACAAAUUCAUGAGUUUUCUCCAAAACUGUGCUCUUGCACACUGAGCUUUUUCUCAUUUUCCAGGUAAUUUCUCCUUCCCCGGUCCCAAUGUGGGUUCAGGGUAAUGGAGGGCUACCACCCACCCACACUGCCUGUCCCACACUGGGGUGUCUGUGGGUAUGAGGGAAGGGGACCAGAGUUAGGUUCCACGUAGCGCAAGCUGUGCCUCCCUGGAGAGCAAAUUUCCAAAUGUGGGAGACUGAGACCAUGAGGCUGAAACUAGCACCCAAUGAAAUCAACCAGAAAGGUAGGCACAAGUGCCUAUGGAUGACUCUGGCAUCCAGAGAGAGCCCAGUUAAUGUGAAUCCCUCUCUCUUUCUUUUGCCUACUUUUCAGUGAGCUGAACAGUGACCGUAGUUGAGCCGUGGUGAAUGUCAGAUGGCAGUCUUCAGAACAGGAUUGUGCCAGUGGAAAACCAGUCUAUGCAUAUCUAAAUA